AUCGGCGCUCCGGGGAGUGGAGCCGGCUCUGCGCCAGUCGCCCCUACCUGGAGCGCGGGGACCGCGCCGCUCCGCCCCAACCCCUGCCGGCUUUGUUCCGCAUUGUCGGCGCGCACCUGAGCGCGGCCUUCCCAGAGUCCCAGGAGAGCGCACCUGGCCCCGGGCGAGCCUGUGCGGGUGGCCAGAGGGAGCGCGGGCGCGCAGCCAAAUCAUCAUGCCUUCUUUCCUGUUGCUGGAAGCAGUCUGCAUUUUCCUAUUUUAUAGAGCAUCCGCAUCAGUCUCUCUUCAGGAAGUCCACGUGAGCAGGGAGACCGUUGGGAAGAUUGCAGUUGCCAGCAAAAUGAUGUGGUGCUCGGCGACACUGGACGUCCUGUUUCUGUUAGAUGGCUCUCACAGCAUCGGGAAAGGGAGCUUUGAGAGAUGUAAACACUUUGCCAUCACCAUCUGUGAGGCCCUGGACAUCAGCCCUGAGAGGGUCAGAGUGGGAGCAUUCCAGUUCGGCUCCACUCCUCAUCUGGAAUUCCCCUUGGAUGCAUUCUCAACCCAACAGGAAGUCAAGGCUGAGAUCAAGAAAAUGAUUUUCAAAGGAGGGCGCACAGAGACAGGCCUCGCUUUGAAACACCUUCUGCGUAGAGGGUUUCCUGGGGGCAGAAAGGGUUCUGUGCCUCAGCUCCUCAUCAUUGUCACUGAUGGGAAGUCCCAGGGGCACAUGGCACUACCUGCCAAGCAGCUGAAGGAAAAGGGAGUCACCGUGUUUGCUGUGGGGGUCCGGUUCCCCAGGUGGGAAGAGCUGCACACACUGGCCAGCGAGCCCAGGGAGCAGCAUGUGCUGUUGGCUGAACAGGUGGAGGACGCCACCAAUGGCUUCCUUAGCACCCUUGGCAGCUCCAACCUCUGCACCCCCGCUGCACCAGACUGCAGGGUUGAGGCUCAUCCCUGUGAGCGCAAGACGCUGGAGACCAUCCGGGAGCUUGCUGGCAAUGCCCUGUGCUGGAGGGGAUUUCGGCAGGCUGAUGCAGUGCUGGCCUCACGCUGUCCCUUCUACAGCUGGAAGAGAGUGUUCCUAAGCCACCCCACCACCUGCUACAGGACCACUUGCCCAGGCCCUUGUGACUCCCAGCCCUGCCAGAAUGGAGGCACGUGCAUUCCAGAAGGACUGGACAGGUACCAUUGCCUCUGCCCGCUGGCCUUUGGAGGGGAGGCCAAUUGCGCCCCAAAGCUGAGCCUGGAAUGCAGAAUCGAUGUCCUCUUCCUGCUGGACAGCUCUGCAGGCACCACCCUGGAGGGCUUCCUGCGGGCCAAGGCCUUUGUGAAGCGGUUUGUGCAGGCCACGCUGAGUGAAGACUCUCGGGCCCGCGUGGGUGUGGCUGUGUACAACAGGGAACUGGUGGUGGCAGUGCCUGUGGGUGAAUACCAGGACGUGCCCGACCUGGUCAGGAGCCUCGACAGCAUUCCAUUCAAUGGUGGCCCCACACUGACGGGAAGUGCCUUGCUGCAGGCAGUACAGCGUGGCUUUGGGAGUGCCGCUAGGGCGGGACAGGACCGGCCGCGCAGAGUGGCGGUCCUGCUCACUGAGUCACACUCCCAGGAUGAGGUGGCUGGUCCAGCGCUUCAUGCAAGGGCCCGAGAGCUACUUCUGCUGGGCGUGGGCAGUGAGGCCGUGCAGGCAGAGCUGGAGGAAAUCACAGGCAGCCCAAAGCAUGUGAUGGUCUAUACAGAACCCCAGGACCUCUUCAGCCAAAUCCCGGAGCUGCAGAGAAAACUGUGCAGCCGACCGCGGCCAGGCUGCCAGGCACAGUCACUGGACCUGGUCUUCCUGUUGGAUUCCUCAGCCUCUGUGGGACCUGAGAACUUCGCUCAGAUGCAGAGCUGUGUGAGAAGCUGUGUCCUCCAGUUUGAUGUGAACCCUGAUGUGACACAAGUUGGCCUUGUGGUGUAUGGCAGCCAGGUGCAGACAGCCUUCGGGCUGGACACCCACCUCACACGUGCUGCUGCACUGCGGGCCAUCAGCCAGGUCCCCUACCUAGGGGGGAUGGGCUCAGCCGGCACAGCCUUGCUGCAUAUCUAUGACAAGGUGAUGACUGUCCAGAGGGGUGCCCGGCCUGGUGUUCCCAAAGCUGUAGUGAUGCUCACAGGUGGGAGGGGAGCAGAGGAUGCAGCUGUCCCUGUCCAGAAGCUGAGAAACAAUGGCAUCUCUGUCUUGGUCGUGGGUGUGGGGCCUGUCCUGAGGGAUGCCCUGCGGAGGCUUGCGGGUCCCCGGGACUCCCUGAUCCACAUAGCAGCUUACGCUGAUCUGCCAUACCACCGGGAUAUGGUCAUCGAGUGGAUAUGUGGAGAAGCCAGGCGGCCAGUCAACCUCUGCAAACCCAGCCCGUGCAUGAAUGAGGGCGCCUGUGUCCUACAGAAUGGGAGUUAUCGCUGCGAGUGCCGGGAUGGCUGGGAGGGCCCCCACUGUGAGAACCGAAUACUGAGAGGAGAUGCCCCCAAGGCACAUGGCUCCCGUCAAGAGCCUGCAGGAAGACAGCAGCCAACCUCUUCCAAGCAACUGCCUGGGCAUCCCAGAAGCUGAAGGGGCACUGCCCUCGGCAAAGUGUGGUUCCUGGGGGGCCUUUGAGUGUCUGCUUCCAGCUCUAGGCAGGGUCCCCGGGCCCUCAAGCCUCCACCAAGGAGAACAUCCCAGCUCCAGACAUGCUGUUUAGGAGCAGUAAUAACAGCUGAUGUCACUCACUAAUGGUGACACUGAAAAAUCCUUGACGUGUCAGUAAAUACUUUGUGUACCUGGUUAUACGUUGUUGAGGUAAGACAUCUGCCACUUUCCUCCUGAGGGUAAGGAGAAACUUGGCCAAUUUGCAGGUCACUUUGCUCCCCCCAAGUGCUAGACAGAAUUUUGUUGAGACAAUAAUGCCCAACAACAGAAAGCAUUUGCUAGAGUUUCAUUAGGACCACAGAAUCAAUGACAUUUCUUGUUGAAAAAGUGUAGACCUUUUCAGUUCCUGAAAGACCUCUUGUAUACAUUUAGCUUGAAAAGGGACGUAUGUGACAUUUGUGACUUCUGAUGACUGGAUGUGUGUGGGGCUGAGACCUGAAAAGAUCUCAGACUGGAAUUUGAAGGUGUUGUCUAUGAGUGUACAAAGAGCCCAGGUCUGGAGGGGCCAUAGGCAAUUGGUUCAAGUCUUGGGCAACAGCCCUUUUGGGGAGGUGUGAGUUCUGAUGGGUUUAUUGAAAAUUUCCUUUAUCCGGCUUUUAGUGGGGCAAAAAGGAGAAUUCUUAAACUCAACAAGCAAAGAAAGGAUAAAGAAACAUAGGGAAUUUUGCUUUUUUAAGAAUAGGUAUUAAGCUAAGUUUUUGUUUUGGUUUGCUUUUUAUGCCCACUUUUAAAAGGAAGAUUUCAAGAGAUGCUGGUUAUUUAUUUAACAGAAAUACCGUACUUACAUGGUGAAGAGGAUUUGAAAAUUUUUUCUGGCAAACUAGGUGCUUACCUCUGCAAUAUUUACCAAUCAAUUCUUGCCCUUGGGCUUGUUCAGAGUUGAGUUUUCAGUGGAAGCUUUUGUAGAGCUCUGGCAUAAAUCCAGAGACUUUAUCAUUGUUUUCAAUAUUUUAAUGCAUUGUUUUACACAUAAAAGUUCAAGGCUACUUUAAACACCACUUAGCUUUAAGAAGUUCGGGAUUUCUGGUGCUUGAAGAGACAUCACCAUGGUGUUACUGAAUGUUAAAUAAAAUGUCUGGUAUUCAAAGCAUCGGGUCAUGACAAUCAUUUGUGUUCAAGGGAUAUUUUCAUUAAUAAUUGACUUCCUGUAUUACACUGUCCUUCACAGAAGGCAGCAUCAGGGCAGGACCACAUACCCAUGGAGGGAUGCUGAUCUGUGCUA